UGAGACUGCUUGAGACUGUGUGAGUCAAGCCGUUUCCCAGAACGUAGAGGGGGAGUAUGAUUCAGUGACCUCUGAGAACACGCAUAUCUCUGUAGGCUUUUUCUUUUGCGGGGGGAGAGGGCGCUAAUUGGGAUGCUUUUCCUCAGCGAACGUCUCAACCUUGAAGCCUGAGCGGAAAAUAAAAGGUACGGGCAGCCCAGUUUCCGGAGGAUAAGAGAUUACGGAGAACAACCAGGAAGCGGCUGGGCUCGGAGCUGUCCUCGAUUUUCCCGGAUUUUAAAGGUGCCUGCCGAGGUCCCUACACCGCGGUCCCCUCCCCCGACCCAAGGCUGCAGCCGGGGCCCGUCACUCCAGAGUUGUCAUGUCGUCCGACUUCGAAGGCUAUGAGCAGGACUUCGCGGUGCUCUCUGCAGAGAUCACUAGCAAGAUUUCGAGGGUCCCUCGACUCCCGCCAGAUGAGAAGAAACAAAUGGUUGCAAAUGUGGAGAAACAGCUUGAAGAGGCACGAGAACUGCUGGAACAGAUGGAUUUGGAAGUCCGAGAGAUACCACCCCAAAGUCGAGGAAUGUACAGCAACAGAAUGAGAAGCUACAAGCAAGAAAUGGGAAAACUAGAAACAGAUUUUAAAAGGUCACGGAUCGCCUACAGUGACGAAGUACGGAAUGAGCUCCUAGGGGAUGAUGGGAAUUCCUCAGAGAACCAGUUGAUAAAAUUACGUGAAGAGAGGGCACAUCUGCUCGAUAACACAGAGAGGCUGGAAAGGUCAUCUCGGAGACUAGAGGCUGGAUACCAAAUAGCAGUGGAAACUGAACAAAUUGGCCAAGAAAUGUUGGAAAACCUCAGUCAUGACAGAGAAAAGAUACAGCGAGCACGUGAAAGACUUCGGGAAACAGAUGCAAACUUGGGGAAAAGCUCCAGAGUUCUGACAGGGAUGUUGCGAAGAAUCAUCCAGAACCGCAUCCUGCUCGUCAUCCUGGGGAUCAUCGUGGUCAUCACCAUCCUGACGGCGAUCACUCUUUUCAUCAGGAGACACUGAUGUAUCUGCUCUCCCCUGAUAAACAUCAACCUCAGCGUGUUCUGAGUAAUUAAGACAAAAUGGUCACAUGAAUCAUUCUGUUUCGCUGACAGGCCCUGGGUGACCUUUUCUCCCCCUCACCACCAUUCAAGUGCUCAAGUGCAAAGAGUGUAAAAAUUUUUCUAUUCCUGUGUGCAUGGUUUUCUUUUCUAGGUUUGUCUUCAGCCAGAUUUGUUUUUUAUAGGCAAACAUGAAUGUUUAUUUGUCUUUUGGUAAUUUCAUCUAUUGUCCAAAAUAGCCGCAGUGAGAUCUUUCUUGCCCUGUGGACAUGUCAAGGGGUCAUGGUUUCAGAGAGGACAUGAUGAGUCAGUCACGGGAGUUUCUCUUUGUCAUGAACUUCUUGUCACUAAAGUCUUUCUGUGGUGCCCAAGGAUAAAAAAAUGCAAGGAAAAUCAGGGGGCAGAGCCAGUGACCAGCUCCAGCAAGCCAGCCCAGUCCGUUCCCAGGCAUAAGGCACAUAGUCAACCUGGCCAAAUGCUUUUAUUGCAAAGAAGGGUAUUUAAUGUCAUUUGUACAGGAAGUUGACUUAGCACUUUCCCUGUUUUUCUAUUGCAUAAUUUUUUAAACUGGAGAAUAUUUUUGCUGAAUCUGCCCAGCAUCCACUUUUCACAACUUUGGUUCCUGGCUACAAGAAAUAUUUCCUUGCCUUCCCCAAAUCCCAUACUCCCCUGCACUUGUUGGCAAAACGAGCCCUGGCACAGUAUUUAAUUUUGACCUCAUCUUUCCUGACCUGUGUAAGCGUCUCUGUAUCCUUUCGGUUUUAAUAUUUGCACCGCCAAAAGCAGCCCUCAUACAUGCAAAAGGUCUGACAAGGUUCGCUCCACGUCCAUUCCAGUAUGUAAAGAGAACAUGAAUAUUUCAGUAAGAGCAAGAACAUGACUCCAUCUGUUCAAAAUUUCCAAGGUGAUUAUAAAUAUGGGAGAGUCCUAUAGGAUGAUCUACUGGAAAUAAACUUCAUGGAAAAUGUUCGCUAACCUCCUUUCAAAGGAGAAGGUUUGAAGGGUGUUUUAAAAGGGCGACUUGGGUUUUUUACUAACAAAUGUUAGCAAAGCCUUCCUGAAUUCACUAUGUAUUCAAACCUCUAAUGUGCUUUAUGAAUUUUCUUUCUUUCUGUCUGAGGUAACCAAGAGUUGCGUUCAAAAUGAAUUCAUUCGUGAUUGGGCUUAAAAGUUGCCCAAGCUGAGGUCAUUUUCCCCCUAGUUAUAAAGCUAAAUGUGCUUUUCUUCAGACAUCAUAGCCACUUACAGGGUCUGUACUGUCUCUUGAAUAUAAUUGGAAGCUCUGAAUUCUUGAAAAGCAAACCUGUUCUCUUCAUAAAAAAUGCUAAGCACCUGUGCUCAUGGAGCAAGAUCGCCUGAAUGCAACACUUGUUUUGUUUUUUUUUUUCCAACUCAGAGAAGAACCGUUAUGGCGUAGAGAGGAAAUAUAGAAUGCAAAAUCCACCAGAGAAAUCAUACUUAUCGGAACAGGCCAGGGCCUGCAUGUAUUCAGAUAAAUCAUUUAGUAUUGUGUAAAUAAAGCUACAGCCUUUAUGUCAGAGGGAUGGUGCGGGAUUUUGGUCGAGGGAAGUGGGACAGCAAAGAAGCAGAAAGCUGUGUUAAUUUUCCUGUCAGCUCAAAGGACCCAUCUCAGCAAAAACCUUAUUCUGAUGACAGAAUUAUAGAUGUGCUGAAUGGAAGAAAUCAUGUAAAAGCAAAGAAACAAACAAUCCCCUUCUCUGGAACACUGACAGUCAUGAGGUACACCAGCCCCUCCGGCAGCUUCUUGGAAACUUGGUCUUAGUUAAGUGCAUAAGUGGACGCCGAGCUGCGCCUCCCGUCUCCUUCCCAUCUCCUGCUCAGCUCACCCUUCGCAAGGCCACCUCACCCACAGAGUUGGUCUCACCAUCUGUCCUGUACUUGAUGGCUCCUAGGGACUUCAGUCAAACCCUGUGUUCACGCAGAAACAGGUGGACCGAGAAGGGAGGAGGCCUUCACCACCUCCCUCACUGUGCCUUCUGGCCAGUUCCAUGACUGGAUCAGCCCUUGCCCGGGGCCUCCCCAUUCCGCCUUGGGAGUGGGAAGAAAACCCUUAGCUUAAGGCUCCAUCAGACCCCCUUGAUGGUGACCCCCUAGACCACCGUGGCACACUUGGUGAGGAGGCUGGUUGGGACGUCCCUUGAGCACCCCUGUCCCUGCUGCACACUGCAGGUGGGACUCCCAGGAGCGAUGAGGCCACGACUCUCCCUCCUUCCCUGCUGCAGUGGGGAAGGAAGAAAACCCAGAAGAUUGAAGCUGGUUCGAUAUCUGGGGAAGGUUCUAGGUGCUUCGUAUGUAUACCUGGAUGGGCGAAUGUUCCCGAAGUUGGCAGCCUUUGUUACAAACAGUGUUGGACGCGGAGGGUGGGGAAAGAUGAAGAUGAAGACGUAGCGGAGGAAGAAGAGAAGGGAGCCCUCGCCAUAUAAAAUUCAUGCAGACUAAACAGUUUCCCUGGCAGAAUAAAUAAAGCGGAUGCUACCCUGCUCCAGAAUCAAAAGCAAUUUAAUUAAAGUCUCUUAAGUUGUAAAGAGUUUUAAAUGUUCCAUGUUGAAGACGAAUGCCUACAAAUGCAGUGGGCUUGACGUCAGCCGCCAGGCCUGGGCUGGGAGGCCAUUUGCUAUUCUGUUUCAGGCAGGCUGGAUUGUCUUAUUUUGGAACCAGCUUGGUGGGGGGUUUGCUUUGCUACUGCUUCUGAGCCCUGAGCUUCAAAGGCUGAAAUUAAUGGUGAACAAAAUUGUGCGGCUCUGGCCGUCCCAUGCGGGGCAAGCCCAUUGAGGGUUAUCAUUAAGUAAAGAAAUAAAGAGGGGAAAAAAGCCUGCCUGCUCCAAAAACCUCAUCAGAUAAUGACCUCAGUGAUUGGGUUUUCAUUACCAAAUACCAUCCAGAGAUUAUCAACCCAUGGAAGAAGGGAGGGGGGAAGAAAGAAAGAAAGGAAAAGCCACUGUCUUUCUCUCCCUCUCUUUCUCUCUCUCUCUUUUUUUUUUUUUUUUUUGCACAUCUUUUCUUUAAAACUGUCAGAUCAUUUCAGUAUUUCAAAUCCGAGGAAAACAGCCUGCCUGCUGCUGUAUUUGAAGUUGUAAUGGUGUCAAAAAGUCACGACUGACUGACAGCCGUCAGUCCCAGAGGGGCUCAUUAAAUCAUAAAAACUUGACAAGGAAAUAAUUGCGCAUCGCCAGCAACUUGGCGCCUGUUUAGACGUUUUUAUUUUCUUUCAUUAUUAGUCCCCACCAUUACGUUCAUUAACAAAUUGCAUUAAACAACUGUUAAGGGCUAA